UCUUGUGCACUUCUUCAUGUUGUCGACAGUGUAAACAGUAAAAAAAAGUGCUGCGAUUAGAACCCCGCUUUACUCAAACUCUAUUCCGCGCUUGGAACGUUCAAUUUAUAUUAAAACCAAAAAAAUAAAACAUCAUCCGCUUAAUGUGAAUGAAAAUAUAUUCAUAUUCUCUUAGAACAUUGAACCUUUUCAGAACAACUUGGAAAGAGAACUUUGACCUCAGACACGUGCGUUAUCAAAUUAAUUAUUAAUCAAAAAGCAUAAUUAUCUAAAGGAAUAAAGUGUUUUAAAAAAUUCGGCAUAUAAUACUUAUCGAAAUGUGAAUCUUGACGUCGCGACGUCUCUUGACCGAGCUUUUUGUUUAAAGUGAAGAGUGAAAGAAAGGACGUCUUUGAGACCUUGACGCCUUUAGGAGUCAAGGUCGCGGCGGCCAGCGUCUAUUAAUUUAUGUGAUCCGUACCGUCAAGUUGUAACUAAAUUUAAAGUGACCGCCUGAGUGUUACAACUUAAACCCUUGAGAGAAUAAAUUUUUGAAAUAAGAAGCAGCUCUAAAAGAAGCCUUCAUUUUUACUGACUUACACUGAGAUUUGAAAGUUUUGUGAAUGAAAGAAGUUUCGUGAAGUUUGGUGUAGUUUUUCAUCAGCUUUGGUGAUAAUUGAUUAAGGGUGGGUUUGAGUGAAAGUGUUUUCAAUGAUCGUAAGAACGCUACACUGUCGACAUCAGCUUCAAGUGAUACGAUUUUGUUUCUUGAAAGAUAAAAAUCCCCUCGCUGAUCUAAUUAUGGCGAAUAACGGAAAUAUAUGGUUGAUGAACGUAAUUCAAGAGAAGUGUAAACCAAAAGAGCAGAAGAAGUACCGUUCGCCGCAUGGGUGCCUGGGUUAACGAUCGUUCCGUGGAGGAGGAGGUGGUCCUGAGAGUCCAGGAUACGAGGAGAAGAUCGACGACAAUCCUGGGUUCCAACUGCGAUGGUGGCGGUGGUCGACUCCAGACUAGGUUUUCCUCGUCUCUGUUACCACUUCGUCGACAGUUUACUCGACAGCUCUACGAGUGGCCAAUUACACCUUUAUUUAAAUCAAGGACGAAACUAGUCAAUUUUAAGUUUUGAAUCUGUGAAUCGUGUCAUACAUUAAUAAUCGUAGCAUCGAGAGUUCAAAAAAGCCAAAGAGAAACCAAAACAACCUCGCGUGUGGAACCAACAUUAUUUUCGAGUGUUCACCAGAAAUUGUGUUCUCAGUUCUUCACACCCAAGAAUCAACAACCUUUAAUAAAAAUAUCCCUCACCAAAUUCUAAGCAGACUCCCAAGCGAGUCCACAAUGGCCAAUUGGCAAGUCUUUAACGGAGAGGAAACGAAUUCCGAAGCCAAGGAGGAUGAACAAUCUUCAAAAAUGAUAAAGCCAAAUCUUUCAAUUAAAAUGCAGGGUUCCCUGGAGGAAAAGCAACCCUGUGAAGGGUUUUCCAUGAAGGAAAGUACCGAUGACCAGAAACCUGACCUGACAAGACAAGGAGGAAAACAGAGUCUAAAUUUCACCGGCGAUAAUGAAUUAAUUUCUGAAUGUGACGAAGCCGAAAGAUUCGUUGAAGCUGAUCCUCAAGACCAAGAAUCAGGAUUAAGCAUCCGCCUUGAAGCGAGGCGAGAAUUAAAAGACACACUAGAAAAGUCACCGAAGAGACCCGAGAGCCUUUAUAAGGAGGACCUCCGGAGUUCUCAGAAACUAAAAAAUGUUUUCUUCACAGCGCCUGGAAGGAUUCUCGUUCCUAACAAUCUUACCCUCAGUGAGAAGAGCACCGAAAAGCUCGUCAAUGGCAAAUCUCCCAGAGAAGAUAAGCAGGUUCUCCAUGUUCAGUUCAAUAAAGAUUUGAAGACGAUUCCGCAGAGUCAGAAUGAUCGUCUCAAUGAGAAACCACAACCCAGUCCCUCAAUCACCACCUCGACUUCAAGCAGCUCGGACGACAACUCCAGUCUCGAGAACUUCUCCGAGGCGAGACCUCCAGAUGGUGGUUGGGGUUGGGUUGUCGUUAUGGCCGCUUUCAUGGUGAACCUGAUAGCCGAUGGCAUCACUUUUUCCUUCGGAGUAAUCUACGUCGAGUUCCUGAGCUACUUCGGCGAAGGCAAAUCCAAAACGGCCUGGAUUGGCAGCCUCUUCAUGGCAAUGCCUCUACUUUCGGGACCAGUCGCUAGUUUUCUCACAGACCGUUACGGCUGUCGAAGGGUCUCCAUAGCGGGAAGUUUACUAGCAACAACAGGUUUCGUAAUCAGCUCCUUUGCAGGUUCCAUGGAAGUUUUAAUCCUAACUUUCGGCGUCAUCUCUGGGUUCGGACUUUCCCUCUGCUUCGUAGCUGCCGUUGUCAUCGUGGCUUAUUACUUUGAUAAAAGGAGAUCCUUCGCGACGGGACUUUCCGUGUGUGGCAGUGGAAUUGGAACCUUCAUCUUCGCCCCAUUGACUCAGUAUCUUUUGGCUGAAUACGGUUGGAGAGGAACGACUCUGAUCCUGGCUGGGUUAUUUCUGAACCUAGCUGUUUGCGGAUGCCUGAUGAGAGAUCUGGAAUGGACGACAGUGAGGGCGAAAGCGAAAACGGAAGAGAGGAGAAAGAAUAGGGAAAAGAAGCGAUCAAAGAUUCAGAAUUCUAGUGCUGAUUCGUUUUCUGCGAGCAGUUCUGCAAAUACAAACACUCAGACACCUCAUGGAGAUCCUAAAAGAGCCUUUGCCUCGGCGAAUGCGAUGAUUAUUGAGAACUUGAGGGUCAACGAUGAUGAUGGAGGGAAGUUGUUCUCCAGCUUGGUGAGUCUGCCGACCUUUGUUAAGAAUGGGGAGAAGGUUCCUCUGGAGGUUUUAGAGUUGUUGAGCACUAGAAAGAGCGUGUACAAUGUGCUGCUGCAAAAUUAUCCGAGUCUUUUGAUAUCUUCGAGGAGUUUCAGUGACUCAGGGGCUCUUCAUGAUCACAUGAGUAUUCCUUCUACGAGGUUUGCACCAACACCGACUCCUUUGGUUGAUCUGCAUGGGCAGGAAAGCAGUAAUAAGGAACAAGAGCAGGAUCCAGCUCCUAAACAAAGUACUGACGCUGCUUAUCUUUGGUGGCUAAAAAGGGUUAACACUGAGACUCCUUUAAGACGAACUGGUAGCUUGCAACACCAUAGGAGAAUUCCAACUGCGUAUUUGAAGGAUAUACGAGUUCAUAGGCAUAGUUUGACUUAUAGAGGGGCUAUGCUUAAUAUCAAUAGGUAUCGACUCAGGGCUUCUAGCUGCCCUGAUAUUUAUAGGAACUCGAUGACUACCAUCGCCAAGACGAAGAUGGUUUGGUACGCUGGGCUUUGGGAGUUUUGGGAUCUAGUGGUGGACAUGCUGGACUUUUCCCACUUCGCUGACUCCAGGUUUUUGCUCUUCUCGAUCAGCAACUUCCUUCUGCACACCUGGUACGACGUGCCUUACGUGUAUCUCACCGAUAAUGCCAUCGAAAUGGGCUUCAGCGAGAAGCAAGCAUCCAUUCUCAUCUCGGUUAUCGGCAUCACUAACAUGGGAGGAGAGAUCUUCCUAGGCUGGGCCGGGGAUCGAGCAUGGGUGAACGCAUCUUUGGUCUAUGCAAUUUGCAUGUCUUUAUGUGGUGCAGUGACAGCAAUGAUCCCUUUGGUCGUCAACAACUACCCUGCACUCUGUGCAGUUUCUGGUGCCUUCGGACUCUUCAUCGCCGCAAACUACAGUCUUACUAGUAUUAUCCUCGUGGAAGUUAUCACCUUGGAGAGAUUCACCAAUGCCUAUGGACUCCUCUUACUGGUUCAGGGCGUCGCCAAUCUCAUGGGGCCUCCUCUUGCUGGUUGGCUCUACGACAUCACAGGGACCUACGACCUGUCAUUUUACCUAGCCGGAUUUUUCAUCGCACUUAGUGGCACGAUGCUGAUGGUCAUGCCAAUCGUCGACAUGUACCGAAGAUAUAAAUCUGGAAAGAGGAAUGACGCCCCAGUAAACUUUUCAGAAAUCAACAAUGUCUGAAAGAGCGAGGAUGAUCCCGAGAGAAAAUAAAGACACUUGACCAACACGGAAUUAACAAAUCGACACUUCCAAGUAGGAAUUGCGAAGCGCAUCGCUUCCACAGACGAUUCUAAUCGUCUCGGCAAUGUUCAGUUUUUUCUUUUCCAAACACCGAGUCAAUAUGUCGACUGGAAGUUCCGUAGUUCCUCCUUAGAAAAAGUUAGAUGUAAGCACAAUUUUGUAAAUCUUCGCUAAACGUCGGGAUCUUAUUUUUUAUAGUUGUAGAACUCGUAAGGUCGCUGACAUUUUUGACGUCCGCCUGCCUCAAAAUUCCUUUUGUACCAAAAAAAGAAUAAAAAAAAGAAGAAAGAAAAAAAGACCGCGAUCAGUCCUCGCCUCGAGAGGAUAAUUGUCAUCGUAAUUCAAUAUCACUUCGGUAAUCAUAGCGUUUCGCGAUAGAAAUUGUGUACGAUUUAGGACGAGAUGCUUACAAAUAGUUUCAAUUUCAAGUGACUCGAGGCUCGAUUUUUUAUCGCAUUUUCACGACUAUCAGGCCAAUGGGUCAAUAUUCGCGGCGAAGAGCUUUCCCGAGUCACUCGUAUUACUAAAGUUUGGAAUCUCAGGAUGUUUUUCCCUACCACGAUUUUAGUUCCAAGUGGUAGCUUUGUCGAACUCUUUAACAAAUAAGUAUUUUCUUAGUUUUGAUUGUUAGUUUCUUUUCGCAUUUUGCUUCAAUUUGAAUGUUUCAAAAUGGGAAACUGAUGACAGAAGCCGGAGAUUUCAUAUAAUCGCAGAUAUUAAAACCCGAAUUCUGUCAUCCGUUUAUAAAGAGUUAUUCAACUUGAGAACUUGCAAUGCAAGUGACGAUUUAUCCGAAGAUAAUGUCGAGUUCUUUUCUAACAAGGCUAAUCCACUUUGCCUCUGUUUAUCCGAUUUUUCAAGCCAGAAAUGUACAGAACCAAGUCUGCCUGAUUGAAGUAUUCCAUCGAAAGAGAAACUGUUGAAUUACAACUUUUUUCUCGAAGGACGUGUUUUCUUGUGAAAAAAUAACGUUGCUUUAUUCUGAAGUGAAUGCUUUGAGGGAAUUUGGCAAAUUCGAAAACACGAUUACAGAGCACACUCAAUACAGAAAAAGUAAACACUAAACAAACACAUUUUAAAAACAUGUGUGUACAUAUAGGCGUGUAUGCAUAGCUUUUCUGUGAUGAUACAAAACCACAUCAAUUUUAUUAAUAUUGCCAAUAGAAUAUACCACUCAUUCCGAUUGGUUACAGAGUGGAUAAAACCAUUAAAAAACAAAAGCAAAAAAACAAAGAAUAUAUUGGCAUAUACUUCGAUUUUUCACUGAGAUUGGAAAACUCAUUCCGCCGCUUGCAACGAAUUAGAAUGCGAGUGACGCAUGCGAGGCCUUAACGGCGUCUAUAAAAUGUAUAAAGCAAUAUUUUAUUAUUAAAAGAAAAAGGCUCGACCAUGUUCAGGUUCACGAGUUCAAGUUUCUAGUGAUAAGUAGCUGAACGGUAUAAGAAUUUCAGGGAGAACGCAAUUUUUGAGAUGAGUUAUCGGCAGCUCAGCAAUAAAAAGAUAAAAAAAUUGCCGUCGUACUGUGAAAAGGAAAGAGUAUUUGAUGUCUCUAGAGAAAGUAGACUUCCUUCUUUACAAAGGGGAGUGCAGAGUCGUUCGAAAGACGAAUCUUAUUUUUCUUUCAAGAAAUGAUAAAUAUUUAGUGAUUAAAGCAAUUGAACGCUGAAACUGUGUUUGGAACAUAUUUGGUUGAGAAAGGAGAAUUGAACAUAUGAUAUUGGAAUUGAAGUAGUAUUUUUGUGACUUUGUGUUCUUUUCUUGUUCUGGAAUCCAGAAAUUUUCGGAAAAUAUUGUUUGGAGAUUUAGUUCGUUGGAACGACUGUGAAGAAAUUGAUGAAAAUUUGACUCCCAAUAGACCUCCGCAGUGCCUGCGAAUUUACGUGCAAAAUUUGUCGCGCGAAUAGUGCAGGCGUGCCGUCCCAUUUACGAAAAGGACGUGCAUACCUUCUGUUUAAACGAAACUUAGAAAAUCCAUUUUCGUAUUAUAAACAUACGUACACUGACAUGCUCAUACAUUCAUAUUAUCUAAAUCUAUACAUAUGUAUGAU